AUGUCUUCAAAACUCAACAUCGGCGUCGUCGGCAUCGGCCGCAUGGGCCAGCGCCAUGCUCUGAAUCUUCUCUAUCGUGUCCCUCGAGCACACCUGCUCUGCGUGUGCUCCCCUGCGUUACAUGAGAUUGAAUGGGCCAACCAGCAGCUCAAGCCUGAGGGUGUUCAAGUGUUUGCAGACUUCGAGGAGAUGAUACGCACCCCUGGCCUUCAGGCCGUGGUGAUUGCCUCCUCAACAAAUCUGCAUGUCAUGCAUACGCUGGCGGCCAUGGACCGCGGCCUCCACGUCCUCUGUGAAAAGCCGGUGACAACUGAUGCUACAGUUCUGGAAUCUAUAAUCGAUAGAACUAGGAAGCAACCCGACACCAGCUUAAUGGUUGCCUUCGUCCGCCGCUUCGAGAAGAAUUAUACUGAUGCCCGACAAAAGAUUCAGGCGGGGGUUAUAGGUAAACCACUCGUCAUUCGCUCACAGGGUACUGAGAAACUUGAUAAAUCCGGGUACUUUAUUGAGUAUGCCCGGGUGAGCGGAGGCAUCUUUUUGGAUACUGUGAUCCAUGAUAUUGACCUGACAUUGUCCUUCUUCGGAGAUGAUAUGGUGCCAAAGUCCUGUUAUGCAACUGGCUUGAUAUCUCACCACCACGAGAUGACAGGAUUUAAUGACGUGGAUAAUUCCGUUGGUGUAGUUGAAUUCUGGGAUGGGCGGAUUGCGCAUUACUACCACUCUCGAACAACAUCGCAUGGGUAUGAUAACUGUACGGAGAUUGUUGGGACGGACGGCAAGAUCGGGAUCAAUUUGAUUCCAACAUUGAAUAAGGUACAGGUGUCCUGUCAGGAUGGCAUCGUGUGUCAGGCAUUUCCAAGCUGGAUGGAUCAGUAUCAGGAUGCGUUCGUGGCGGAAAUGGACGCCUUUACCGAGGCGAUUCUUGACGAAAAGGAACUUCCUUUGAGGCUGGAGGCUGCGUUGACAGGCUUGAAAAUUGCACAGGCUUUACAGGACAGCGUGAUAUCGGGGAAGAAGGUUAAAUUCAACGAGAACGGGGAACGGAAGUAA